AGAAUGGCGGCGCAGGGGGCCCUGAGGCGCUGGUGGAUGUUGGCUCUAUGCGGUCGGACGAGCUGGUGUCCCGCUCCACUGUGCCGAGGACGAGCGCUGCCGAAGCCCCCGGUGGGCCCUGCCUGUGCAGUUGGCCACCCCCUGCGGUGGGCAUCGUCCUUCUCCCAGACAGGCCCGACAGAGAGUGAGUCCAGCGAGGGACAGAUCUUUCUCAGCGAGAGCUGCGUGAAGAGGCUGUUGGAGAUUACAGAAGGCUCAGAGUUUCUCAGGCUGCAGGUUGAAGGAGGUGGCUGUUCCGGAUUUCAGUACAAGUUUUCCUUGGACACAGUUAUCAAUCCUGAUGACAGGGUAUUUGAGCAAGGUGGUGCCCGCGUGGUUGUGGAUGUGGACAGCCUGGCCUUCGUGAAAGGUUCUAUGGUGGACUUCAGCCAGGAGCUGAUUCGCAGCUCCUUCCAGGUGGUGAGCAACCCCCAGGCAGAGAAGGGUUGCUCAUGUGGGACUUCCUUCUCUGUCAAGUUCUGAGCAGACUUCCCAUGGACGGACACAAUUUGCAGACACUUCCUGGCAGUCUUCAGAGGUUUUUUGCUCUUUCUUUUCCCAGCUACUCCCUCUCAUCUCCCUUACCCUGUAACACAGCUGUUAACACAUGACUCCAGCUGUGUGUGUCUGCAUUCAGCCUGUCUCCGAGACUUGUUGGUCUUCAGAAACAUGAAGUAGCCCUGAGCAUCCACACAGGAGCAUUUUCAGCACCUUGUGAACCACCAUUCAGGUGGUGCUGACUUGCCUACCCUGUCCUGAACAUGGAACCACUGCGCUGCUUAUCUCUGCAAGGGAUGGCUAUAUAUAUAUGUGUGUGUGUGUGUCUACUGGAAGUUCUUACUAAAGAAAUUAUUUUAUAUCGAUGGGUAUUGCUUGUACAUUCCCAUGAGUUGAGAAUUUGGAUUCUUCCAGGGUAUUCUUGCUUAUCUGUUGUCUUCCAGCCAAAUGGGGCUCAGAGUUUCUCUCCUGUAUAAUGCUCAGUGUUGCCAGCUCUCCAGUCCCCAACAGUGGGCUUUUCCAGAUACUUUGCUGGUUUCUUACCCAGCAGGCUUCUCUUGGUCUCAGGAAGCUACAGUGUUUUUGCUGUCAGUCUCUGGGGUGAAAGCUUUUACUUACUCAGAGUAAGUGAAGCUAAAAAAAGGCAGGUAGGAAGAAUUAACAUCUUAUUAAUUUUAUAUAAGAAAACCUUUUGUGUAAUUAUAUAUAUAUGUGUGUGUGUAUAUAUAUGUAUAAAAAACCAAAACACACAGCCCUACAUCACCCAAUCCCCCACUGCUAUUUUAGACUGUUCCUAAACCUGACUUGGAAAGUCAGGUCACACAGAAUCUCUGAUUUCAACACAAUAUGGUGACUUCCCUUGUCAGCAGGAAGGAAAGUUCAGGUGACCCAGGCAGAGGAGGAUCUGGAGUAUUAGUGAUCCUCAAGUCCUUUUGACUUAGUUGUCUGGGAAUCUUUGCUUCGUCGUUUAAUCUCUUGUCUAACUUGUGCCUGGUUUGAUGAAAGAAUAAAAUAUCUCUUUUCUGAAA